CCUACCACUCUCAGGUUUUUCCAGGAAGCAGCACUCACACCUGUGGGCUGGUGACUGAGUCAGAGCACACCUGAAGUUUACUCUUUACACUGUCCUUCACCGGGGACACCUUUCACCUGGCUCUGCGGGGGAUAUCAGAUGUGGAGAUUGCAACUGGUGCCAUGAAGUAAGAAGCUCCAGUUCUUUCCCCAAUCAGCGUGAACAAUGACACUGACAUGGGGGCCAAUACGAUGUUACCUCGGUGUGCUGAUACUGGACCAGUGUCUGGCCAUGCAGGCCCCCACUAACUGCCCCAUGACACCCAGACGCAGGGACCUCAGAAGUGUCCAGUACCAGCCAGCACUCAGGCUAGGCGCAGACUUCAGCUUCAUAUCGGGAUUUGUCCAUUCCUUCCUUGGAACAGUUCAACCAAAUCCUUUUCCAAAAAAACUGUUUCAGAGUUUUGUGGAAGGCAACAAUAUCGUCCAGAACCCGGACACUAUCAAAGAGGUGCUUCGCUACGAGACUGGCUUCCUUGUGUGUGCUGCUAUCGGCCUCCUCUACCUGGUGCUGGUGCCUCUGGUGGGCCUGUGCCUGGCAUGCUGUCGGUGUUUUGAUCAUUGCGGGGGCCGCAUGUACCAGGAGCAGAGCCAGGGAAUCCAUGUUCGACGGCGCGGGCUGUUCUGGGCCACUUUGAUCACUACCAUCUUCAUCCUGGCAGGCAAUGCCUGCAUGUUCCAGAGCAACCAGUUGCUGGAUAUGAGUGUGGAACAAAGCCCGCAGGGGCUGGGGAAUGUUGUAACCAACCUGCAGAUCUACCUCUCUGCUGUCCCACAGCAAAUCCACACCGUAGUCAAUGAAAGUUUCCUGACCAUUGAUGAGAUUGCAAAAAACCUGAUGAGCAUUGAUUCCUCGCUUGGCACCGAGAUCCAGAGCAGCAUCCAUAGACAAGUGUCAAAGGCUUUAAAGUCUGUUCACGAGAUGUCUGCAGUGGUGAACAGCACAAAGCAGGACCUGGUGCAAUUCAACAACACACUGCGUCAGCUCCAGCCCAAGGUUGCACAGCUACAGGCUGAACUGAAUGAUGUGAAGAUCAGGGUCAACCGUACUCUUCCCAGCAACACCACGCUGCCUGAACUGAACGCCCUUUCCCUAAAUGCCAAGUUCACCGUGCCGAACCUGAUGGACCUGCAGUCUGCAGUGGACAGAGCUGACUUUGAUGCUCAAGUUAGACAAGGAUGGGAGUUCCUGCAGAGCAUACCAAGACAGGUGUCCAACCAGAGUAGAGAUGCUGUUCAGAGUAUCGAACAGCAACUGGUUCAGAUCAAGGGGCAGAUCUCCCAUUUGUCCGAAGACCUUCCCCUCCACAGUCUUAAUGAUGUGUCUGAACAGAUGAAAACUGUGAGAACAUUCAUCACCAAAUACUCCCCUCAGAUCUUGGGCACAGAGAGAUACAGGUGGGCUGUGUGUCUGGUUCUGUGCUUUGUGGUUCUGCUGGUGGUACUUUGCAAUGCCUUGGGCUUGCUGCUAGGUCCGAUGGGACUCCAACCCAAAGCAGACCCCACUAAGCGCUCUGACACUGCCAACUGCGGAGGGCUCUUCCUGAUGGCGAGUGCCGGCUUCAGCUUCCUCUUUGGUUGGAUCUUCAUGCUCUUGGUCCUGGUGCUCUUCCUCACAGGGGGCAAUUUGUACACAUUGGUUUGUGUGCCCUGGCAGAGCCAAGAGUUGUUCCAGAUCAUAGACACUCCAGGGAUGAUCCCAGGAUUGUCACUGUCAGAGACACUACACCUGAAGACAAAACUUACACUCAGUGAAGUGUACAGCGACUGCCAUCAAAACAUGUCCUUAUGGAACACGCUCCAUCUGUCAGAGUUAUUUAAUCUUGACCAGUUUCUCAACAUCUCAAAGUACACCGAGCAGAUACAGCAGGACUUCGAGAAGCAGAAUAUCACCUUGAGAGUGGUCAAUAUUCUCACAUGGGAUCUGCGCACACAGCUGCAGAAUUUCAGCAAAAUAGCAGGAGGAGUGAACUUUGGAAACAUCUCACAGCAGAUAUACAAUUUUUCAAACACAAUUCUGAACAUAUCUGGCACGUUGGAUCACUUAGCCGACAAGCAAACCAAUAUAAGUGUAAAGGCAGAACUGCAACAGCUGGCGACUGCAUUGAGAGGCAUCCAGAACAAUGUCACCGUGAACAUCAUGCCAAUGGUGCAUAUCGUUGAUGACACUCUUCAGUCUCUGGGCACCAUACUUUCACACAUUAACGACACUGUGGGAAAUGUUCUGACAGACAUAGAGGAAGCUCAGAACUUCCUCAAUAGUAACACUUCAGAGAUAGUAAAAACUAUAAGCAGAAGAUUUCUGGAAUGUCAGAUGGCCUAUUUUACAUCUUAUAUUCACUGGGCAAAUAAAACGAUAACACAGGAGAUUGGCCGCUGUGGCCCGGUGGCUGGGGUGGUCGACACGGUGGGAAGGUUGGCCUGCUCCUAUAUUGUGGAAUCCCUGAAUGCCUUCUGGUUCAGCCUGGGUUGGUGUCUGAUCUUCCUCAUUCCCAACAUCAUCUUCUCCAUCAAACUGGCCAAGUUCUACAGGAGGAUGAAGCACAAGGACGUGCUUGAGAACCACAUACAACUGACCCAUAUCCCUCGGGCCACCAUGGAAUAGGAACACCAGCAAAAUCCAUCUAUUGCCUCGUAAAUAUUCCUGGAGAUUAAUGGACUGACAAAUAUACUCAGAUGCUGCCCCUCAAACACUAAAGUAAUGGAGUCAUGUCAACAUAUCCUGUCACAACGAGAUUCAAGGAGUCCCGUCCACCAGGCUUCCACACUGAAGUCCUGUAUGGAUACUCUACACAUCCCUUGCUAGUACCUCUUGAAUUACUUUGGGCUUGGGAAAGGUUCUGAACCUGAGUUUGGUUCACCCACUGCUUGGAUUGUUUCUGUGUGCAGUAUGUCUAUGUCAUUUCAAAUGUAUUUUACAGUUUUUAAUUUGCUGUAGCAUUCAUAUAUUUCUGACUGCAUGUAUUGUACUGAUAAACAGACUGAGUAUUCAUAAAUAAUUUCACAGCUUAAAAAAGCAAACUGAAAUACAGGGCAAGGUAUACAUGAUUUACAAGUCUUGCAACAUAAUUUAGUAAAUAUAUUACUAGAAAAACCACAAGCACCUCUGGAGAGGUGAUUUGUGUUCUAGUUUACACAUGGUAUGUUCACAGCAUUCAGUGAUAGUCAGAUCAUUUGUUCAUUGUAGUUAUCAGGAAGUCUGUUGCUGUUUCAAUGGCUCUAUGCUACCUACAGUUUCAAAAUACAUAUACAAAUAAGCUUGGCUUUUGGAUAUA